GAAAAAGAUGAAACCUAUCUAUUUGGAUUCAGAUUUUAUAAAGUUUGUAACGGCUACAUUUCAAUUUUCAAUCUUGAACAGAAUCACACCACCCUUUUCUUUUGCCGUCAACCUUCCGUCAAUAGCCAUUAGCCAUCCCAUCUCUUUCUCUACGAGGCAAUCAUCUUCUUCUUCCCCUCUCUGUUUUCUUUCUCAAUAAAAUCUUGAGUUUGUGGACACUCAUCUCCAAUGGCUCCCACGCCUUCUUCUAAAUCAAACCAAACCCACAUAAGAACUCCCCAGUCGAAACAUCGACUCAAUUUUAACCCCACAAAACCCUCAUCAAACCCUACUUCUGGCGUUAAAGAAGCUCAUCAACAUGUGGAUCACCCCGUUGAAGUUAUCGGCCGGAUCAGAGACUAUCCUGAUCGGAAAGAUAAACCUAUUUCGAUUCUGAAGGUUAACUCUGACGGCCAUUCUGUUAGGGUAAGAACUGAAGUCGGAUAUCGUGAUUUCACACUUGAUGGCGCUUCGUUAAGUGAAGAUCAGAAUCUUGAAGGGUUUUAUAAGAAGUUUGUUCAACCCAGAAUUAAUGGUGUGAAAUUAGGAGACAAAUGUACCAUCAUGAUGUACGGGCCCACCGGUUCAGGAAAGAGUCACACUAUGUUUGGGUGCGCUAAACAACAGGGGAUUGUGUACAAGUCUUUGAGGGAUAUUUUGGGAGAUGAGCAGAUUGAUGAACAGAAGGUGGGAGUUUGUACAUUUGUUCAAGUUAGCGUUCUGGAGAUUUACAAUGAGGAGAUUUAUGAUCUCUUGUCUACCAAUAAUAACGGUGGAUUCAGCAUUGGCUGGUCCAAAGGAAAUGCUUCCAAGGUAAAACUGGAAGUUAUGGGGAAGAAGGCAAAGAAUGCGACUUUCAUCUCUGGGACUGAAGCAGGAAAGAUAUCGAAAGAGAUCCAAAAGGUUGAGAAACGUAGAAUUAUUAAAAGCACAUUUUGCAAUGAAAGAAGCUCCAGGAGUCACUGCAUGAUAAUUCUUGAUGUCCCAACUGUGGGGGGGAGGCUGAUGCUUGUUGACAUGGCUGGGUCCGAAAAUAUAGAACAAGCUGGUCAAACUGGAUUUGAAGCCAAAAUGCAGACAGCAAAGAUUAAUCAGGGUAAUACAGCAUUGAAGAGAGUGGUAGAGUCUAUUGCCAAUGGUGAUUCUCAUGUACCUUUCAGAGAUAGCAAGCUAACCAUGCUUUUGCAGGACUCCUUUGAAGAUGACAAGUCCAAGAUUCUUAUGAUAUUAUGUGCUAGUCCAGAUCCCAAGGAAAUCCACAAGACUAUAUCAACAUUGGAAUAUGGUGCAAAAGCCAAAUGCAUUGUUCGGGGGGGGCUUCAUACACCAAUCAAGACAGAAGAUUCUUCAACGGUUGUGAUUGCAGCCAUGGAUCAGUUUAUUCACAAGCUGCAAAUGGAGAAUAAGGCUCAAGAGAAGGAAAAGAUUGAAGCUCACAAACAGCUCAUGAAAAAAGAAGAAGAGAUUGCAGCUCUGAGGGCUAAACUUUCAGAGGCAGAAGAGAAGAAGGCUGAGGAGGAGGUUAUAAAGGAGCGAACACACAUGUUGAGGAGUGAGUUGGAGAAGAAGAUAGAAGAAUGUCAAAAAAUGGCUGACAGGGUUGUUGAAAUGGAGAGGAGGAAGAUGGAAGAGAAGAUAUUUCAACAACAGGAAGAGCUUGAGAUGCUGAGACAUCGCUUGGAGGAGAUCGAGUCUGAGUUGACUCGUUCCAGAGACAAUAAAAAAGAUGAUAAGAAUAUGAACUUUUCAUCGUCCACAGAAAUACAAGGAAGCAGUUUUACAAAAAGGCUGCUGGACAUGCAUGCCGAUGAGGAUCCAGGGAUGGAGAAAUCCAUGGAUUUGGAUAAAUCAUUUGAUAUGGAGCAUGUCCAUGUCCAUAAAACUACUAAUACCUCUAGCAUACAAGCCAUCUUUAUGGAGAAUACUAAUAAUGAAGAAUAUGUUUAUGUCGAGGACUCAACAAUAAAACCAUUUUUGAGCACUGUUUUUGAGGAGGAUGAAGAAGAGAGAGAGGAAGAGGAAGUGCAGAAAGAAGUUAUUGAGGAAAAGAUUCGGGCUUUCAAUUUUGAUAUUGAUUCUGAGUCUGGUGGUGAAGAUACAACCUCAUCUAGGCAUUUACGUAUCCAAAAUAUAUUUCCACUUUGUGGGAACUACACAGAGAUUUCUCCAUUUUCUACCACCAACAAGAGAGGUCUCUUUGAUUCAAAGGAGAACUGCAGCCCUGUGAGUUUAAAGGAUACGGGUGAUGUGGUGGAAGUGGUUGUGAAGUGGGAGGAGGAUGACAAAGUAAUUACAACUUUAAGACUUGUAAAAGAUGCAACCGUUGCUGACUUAAGGAAGCUGAUUCAAUUCUAUAUUGCUGCCGAUAAUCAAGCUUUCUCCUUUCUUGCACUUGAGGAUCCAGUGGAAAAGGAGGAGGAAACUUGGGCGCUGGCAAACAAACUUCCAACAUGCAAUAAUGGGGAACAUUUAGCUUGCCUAAGACCAUCGAAGAAACUGAAUUCAAAUCAUAUCUCAUUGGAAAACAACCUUCCGUUCAGUUCCCUGGAAAACAAGCUCCCAUUCAGUUCCCUUUCUUCCGAUUCUUUCUCACCUCAAUUACCCGCAUCGCCACAGUUCUAAAUGCUAUUUUCUAGUUUGAUUAAUCAUCAUUCUUGUAAUUUAUGUGAGUGUGAAAAUUUUCUUGCUAGUCAUGUUAAUAGCCGUUGCGAGUAUAUAAAUCUGUGUACUCUCUUGUUCAGGGAAAAUAGUGGCAUAUUUUUUGUUCAAACUGUUAGUGGGUCUCGAUUUACUAAUCAUUAUUUAUCUUUAUUGUGUAUAGCCGUGUAUAUUAUUCUGGCCCAUUAUGUGUGGCCCCUUUAUUGUAUUUUCUGUAUAUAUAUUUUAUCAAUGAAUGAGAAG